UCCUCUCCUCAUUUACAGCAAACCUUCCGGUCAGUACUCAGUUUUAUUUGUUGCUUCAACAAGCACAUUUAGAAGCCAACUGGAGAAGGCUCGUCAAGAAGCGAGAUGUUCCCUGUGGAAGUGAUUUGUGACGGACUGAAGGAAAAGAAAGUAAGCCGCAGCAGACAUGUUUGCCAUAGCAACCAAAAACUUUGUGAAGGAGGUGGAUGCCGGGGGCUUGCUGAUCCCAGUGUCCAGCCCGAAUGACAACAUGGAGCUUCUGACGGUGGUGGUGAAGAAGAAUCGCCCCUGGUUCUGGCAGAAACCCAAAUAUCUUCCUACUGACUUCACCCUGAAUGACCUGCUGACAGGCGAUUCGCCCAUAACACCAGGUGUGCUCGAUAUAGACUUCAUCAAGUACAGCGGCACAUAUGGUAAAGACAUGCUGGGAGCCGUGGAUGCCAGUUUUGUCAAAGCCAACCUGAAAAUACAGAGCGAAGACUCCUCCAAACUCAAGUUGUCCUUCGGCAGUCUGAAGAAAGAGGAGGUGGACGUCCCGAAACUGAUGCGAGAAUCCAAAGGCAGAGUUCUGGACAUGUCACACUCUCUGAUCCAGCAGACGAAAGAGAAACAGAAAAAUGUGUUUGGCAUUGUGAAGGAGCGCAUCAUGACCACGCAGCCAUGUUCCGUCGUAGAGGACGUGCAGCAGCAAGGACUGCUCGGAGGGACUCUAUGUCCCUGCAUCCCCAAAGCGUCAAAAAUUUUACUGACGGAAAAUGGAAAGUUGAGCAAAGACUCCAAUGUUACAUUGGAGAUUCCUCCGCAAACCACGAUGGCCUACGGCAUCAUAGAGCUGGAGAUCAAAAACGAUGGGCACUUUGAGCUGUGUGUGAUGUCAGGUGGAGGUUUUGAAGUAGACGGCCCUGAUGAGAAGAGGCUGCUGUGUUUCUCAGAACCAACGAAGAAUGCGAUUCAGCAGGAACUGGAGAAACUGAAGGAUCAUUUCCAGCAGCUUUCCACCCUCCCAGCCUCUGCCAGGUCGUCUCUGUUCCAGCACAUCACAGGACUGAUGAAGGAACCGGCAGCCAUUGGCGCACUUCAGAACAUGCUGGACCAGAUGUAUCUGGGUAAGAAACCCAGCCUGGAUGAUGACGGACUAAAGGAAUCUCAGCAGCAGAGCAUCCAAGCAAUUUUUGAGGUGUUGGAGAAAUCUGGUGCAGAGGACUCGACUCAGAGCCCAGUCCUCAUCGCAUUGCAUCUGGUUGUCAGUGCGUUAGAGGAGUUACCAGAUGAUUGUCUUCCUGUUUUAAGUGGUUGCAGUAAUCCUGCAACCCUACAGACUUUGGAGCUACUGGUGCAGUGUGUGUCAGGAACCCGGGAGACGACUCUGAGCAGCACAGCACUGCCAGAUGACGACUAUGAAAGGACUGAACAUAUUUUUGCCUCCUGUAAUGUGUCUCUACGGAGAGACAGCGAUAUUUUACGGGUUGAAAUCAAGCGUGAACCAGGAAAUCAUCCCCUGAUUCUCUGCAUCGCUAUUAAAAGUCUCGCCUCUUUAGCCUGCGGCUGUUGAACCAUAUGAACUGUAUAUUGAUUAAAAGGAAAUCCAAUACAUUAUGUUUUCUUUGGGGAUUUAGUCAGGACAUUUAUAAAUAAGUGCUUGAAACAUAAAUGUGAGGAUGAACAUUGGUCUGAAUAUUUUUUAUUGGCAGAUUUUACAUUGUAUGGGAUUUAGACUUCAUUGAAUUGAAUGUGAUCAAACUUAAACAGGCACCAUCUGAUAAUUAGAAAUGUGUUUUAGCAAAAUUCAUAUUUUAUGUGCUAGUACAACAUAGUUGUAGAACUGUGUUCGACAAUAAGCCUCUUGUGGCUUGAGAUUGUUUUUGCCCUUUUCAAUUUUUUAUAUAAAACUAAAGAAGUCCUUUACAAAUUGAUUUAGGCUUUGAUUGUUGACUGAAUGGUGUUUUCUUUAUAACUUUGUAAUUUUGUGUUUUUAUUAUGUGAAACACUUUGAACUGCCUUUCUGCUGAAAUGUGCUAUACAAAAAAACUUGAUUGUUUUGCUUAAAGCAUCCAAGGCCGUCUUCUACCACAGCUGCUUGUAUUCAUGGGCCUCACUUGCCAAUUUUUAAAAAUGAGAAGUUGUGCAUAAUGAAAUGAUGGUGCUUCCUUAUUGAACAGCAUCUUGCAAAGAUACCCAGUUUUCUGAUUUUGAGUAAAAAGUUUUGUUCAUUUAGGAUUUUCUGUGACAGACCAACAAAUUAGCAAAUAAUUAUCAAAGAUGAUGGGAUAGGUGGUUUACAAAAAAAUCUAAAGUGUGAAUGAUGUUUGUUACCCUGACACUUGAAUACAGGCGUUUUGUGAAAUGGUACAAUCACAAGCUUCUUUGGAUUUCAGUGGGAUUUUAUUAGAUGGAUCGAAACAUUAAAAAAAUUUUGUUAAAUGGAAAGAAAAUGAUGUAUGUUUUUAUUAUUUUGUUUCCACAAAUAAAACUCUUAAGUGCA